AUGUCGUCGUCCAAGACGUUCGGUCCUCCCCCCGCCACCCCAAUCCCCGACAUCUCCGCCACACACGUCCGUCUCCGGGCAACAUUCCAGUCGCACAAGACCCGCCCCGUCGAAUGGCGAAAACAGCAACUCAGGAAACUCUGGUGGGGCCUUCACGACAACGAAAGUGAUAUCGCCGCCGCCUUAUGGCAAGACCUCAAAAAGUCGGAGCAUGAAGCUCUACAAAGUGAUGCUAUUUGGCUGAAGAACGCGAUUAUUGAUGCGCUGGGCGAUAUUGAUAACUGGGUUAAGGAAGUCCCCGUUACUGCGGAUUUAUUGAGCAAGGCGGGGAGUCCGACGAUUAGAAAGGAGCCAUUGGGUGUCGUUUUGAUCAUUGGAGCAUACAACUAUCCCUUCCAACUCACACUUGGGCCUCUCCUUGGUGCCAUUGCUGCAGGAAACUGUGUAAUCAUCAAGCCCUCUGAAAUCUCACAGGCUUCUUGCGCGGUUCUCACAAAGAUCAUAACUGAAUCUCUCGAUCCGGAUGCAUUCGCUGUUAUUAACGGCGCUAUCCCAGAGACCACUGAGCUUCUUGCACAAAAGUUCGAUAAAAUAUGCUAUACUGGUAAUGGUGUCGUGGGAAGAAUUGUGGCUACUGCUGCUGCGAAGCAUCUCACUCCUACGAUCCUUGAAUUAGGCGGAUUGAACCCAGUUAUCAUCACCAAGAAUGCGGACAUCAAACUGGCUGCCCGCCGUAUUUGCUGGGGCAAAGCCUUAAAUGCUGGCCAAGUCUGUCUCUCCCCGGACUACGUCAUAGUCCCUUCCUCCAAAGAGGCCGAAUUCAUUUCGUCUCUAGCCUCAACCUGGCGUAAAUUCUACCCCAACGGUCUCAAAGCCUCGCCGGACUUCCCACGCAUAGUCAACGACCGCCACUUCCAAAGGAUCAAAAAGCUUAUUGAUUCCACCUCUGGGGAGAUCAAGAUUGGAGGACAAACUGAUGAAAGCGAGAAGUUUAUUGAUUUGACUGUCGUAAAGGUCAAAGAUGGGGAUGAUGCUUUGAUGAAGGACGAGAUUUUUGGACCGGUGUUGCCGUAUGUGGUUAUUGAUGAUGUGGAUGAGGCGAUUGCCUUUGUCAACCGGGUUAGUGAUACGCCAUUGGCAUUGUAUACGUUUACUACGGAUAAGAAGGAGGCGAAUCACAUCUUGGGCCAUACUAGAUCAGGUGGUGCUACAGUCAACGAUACAAUCUGGCACGGAGCAUCCCACAAGCUCGCCUUCGGCGGUGUUGGUGAGUCCGGCAUGGGUAACUACAGAGACAAAUUCGGCUUCGAUGCUUUCUCCCACCACCGCACCACCGUCCGACAACCCGGUGGUUGGUUCGAAAUGGUCUUGGAUGCUAGAUAUCCACCGUACAUCCCCAGCAAACUCGCACAGUACCGUAUGCUUCUCGAGAAGAAACCCAAUUUUAGCCGUGAUGGGAAAGCUAGAGUUAGUUGGUUUGGAUGGUUAUUGUCACUUGGAGGAGGGGAUAAGAAGACUGUGGUUGUCAAGUACGUUGCGACUAUUCUUGGUCUCGUUUAUCUUAAGAACCAGCUUGAUGCGAGGAGACGUUAA